ACGAUCCUUGACCCGGGCUAUUCGGGGGUAAUCGUUAAUGUACUAAUUAGUUCGGUAUAAUGUGAUCGGUCUGGUGUUGGUCUCGUUGACGUGACCGGGGUCUAAUACGGAUGGAAGUAUUUAAAUGAUAGUUGAAUUGAUGCAGCGACUAGUUAUUCAACAAAUUGCGUUGUCGGCUGCACAUACCGUGAGGGCUUCUUCCAGCUACGAAUUCUUUAUUGAUAUCAUGUUAAGUCGACGCAGCAUGUACAGUGUUUCGGUUUUGGCGUUGAUCUUUGUCGUCGGUCCAGCCAUCAUCGAGUUGCCAGGAGCUGAAGCGGGGAUGUGCGGAUGCCCACCGCUAUGGACGGGCUUUAAUGAUCAUUGCUACCGAUUCUUCACCUCGGCAAACAUCUCCUGGUUUGAUGCUGAACUAGCCUGCCGAACCUUUAGUACACCCUGUGGCGAGGAGACCUCAUCAAGCAGGAUAGGCCAUCUUGUCUCCAUCCAUUCUCAAGACGAAAUGGACUUCAUUGUAGCGAUGUACGAGUCGCUCCGAUCCAAAAGGCCGACGACAGACAUACGGACCUGGAUAGGUCUGCAUGACCGUACGGCCGAGGCAUCUGCAGAGUGGGCUGACGGAACCGACGUCAAUUACACAUCCUGGGCACCUAGUCAGCCUAACGAUCAAAGCGGCUACAAUGACUGUGUGGUCAUUUCCAAAAAUUUCAUGUACAAGUGGAAUGACAUCCCAUGCAACCAUGUCAGUAGCCGUGUCGAGUCCUUCAUCUGUAAGAUUCGGCAAUGGUGAACUUCGGGACGAGUUUGGCAUCGCGGCGUAGCACUCAUAAUUUUUGAAGGUUUGUAGUUACGACCAUGAUAAAACAGGGUUCUAUCAAAAUCUUGGAGUUAUCAUUGUUCAAGAAAAUGAACCCUAUUUUAUGUUCGGAAUUACAAACCUUUGGAAAAAAGAGCAGUUGGAAAUGCGAGCCUUAACUCUUCGGCGAACUUUUGGAAUGACUUAAACCUGAGAAUGACGAACCUUCGGAAUAACAGAAAAUUGGGUCAAUGAAUAGCAGGAAACAUAAUUGGGGGGGGGGGGGGUCGUUCACGUUUAUAUGGCGUAGCCUAAAUUUAAAUAGUUUAAAAUUGUGAGAAUUUCAGAAAUGGGAGGGGGGGGUCUUUGUAAAGAUGUGCUGAUUGUCUGAAUAAUUGAAACAAUAAUAAAAACAACUUUAACUUAUAUGUA